AUGGAAGAAGUUGAUGAUAAAUACAAUGACUUUGUUCAAAAGAUGAGGAAACCAUUUGAGUUUCAAUAUAAAGUUGUUUCAGAUCCAGGGAAAUUAUUUACAACACAUAGAGAUUUUAGAAGAUGGCAUCAAAAGAUACCGAUAUUAUGGACAUACAAACCAUUUUAUGAGCCUCGUACUAUUCAUCUUCCAAGUAUUAAAGAAGAACAAAAACGAUAUCAAUCAAAUAAAAUUGAAAAUAAUAAAUAUCAAUGGUGGAAUUUUAUUCCAUUAGCAUAUCUUAGACAAUUCAAAUAUACAUAUAAUAUUUUCUUUUUAGUAACUAUUAUUACACAAUUUAUUCCAGCAUGUAAAGUUGGAUAUCUGUUUCAACAUGUAGUUCCAUUAGUCUUUGUUUUAACAGUUGCAGUAUUAAAAGAAUUAUUUGAUGAAAUUCAUACAAGAAUUCAAGAUGGUAAAAUUAAUAAUCAAAUUUAUACAAAACUUACAGAUAAAGGAGAAAUAAAAGUAAAAUCUAAAGAUAUUCAAGUUGGUGAUAUUAUUUUAAUGAAUAAAAAUGAAAGAGUACCAGCAGAUAUGAUUGCACUUCAUACAACAGGAAAGAAUGGAUUAUGUUUUGUUAAAACAACACAAUUAGAUGGAGAAACUGAUUGGAAAAUUAGAAAAACAGUUCCAUUUACACAAAAUAUUGAUAAACAAGAUAUUCCAUUAAAACCAAUGAUUAUUGAUGUUGAAGCACCAAAUACUGAUAUUAAAAAAUUUGCAGGAAGAAUAAGAGAGACAAAUAUUCCAUUAACUCUUGAUAUUGAGAAUGUAAUGUGGAGUGGAUUAACUGUUGCAGGAGAAGAAACAAUUGGAGUAGUUGUUUAUACUGGAAAAGAAACAAAAAUAGAAAUGUCUAAAGAAGAACCAGUUCAUAAAAUGGGAGUAACUGAAAGAGAAUUAAAUAGAGUAACAGGAAUUUGUAUAUUAUUAUUAUUUAUUGUAGUUUUAGUUAUGACAAUAUGUACAACAAUUUAUGGAAAAUUUACAUUUGUUACAUUUAUGAGAUAUGUUAUUCUUGCUGCUCCAAUGAUUCCUAUUUCAUUAAGAAUUAAUUUAGAAAUAUCAAAAGUAUUUUAUUCAUUAUUAAUUAAUUAUGAUCCUAAUAUUCCUGGUUGUUCUGUAAGAAAUACUAAUCUUCCUGAAGCACUUGGAAGAGUUGAUCAAUUAUUUACAGAUAAAACAGGAACAUUAACUGUGAAUGAAAUGAUUUUUAAGAAAUUUACAAUGGAAAAUAAAAGAGAAAUUAAUUGUGAAGAUAUUGAAACUACAAAAAUGCUUGUUGAAGAUGAAUUAAAUUCUAAUGAACUUAUUUUUACUAAUGAAGAAUCAAAUGAAAAUCGUCUUAUUCUUAAGGCUUUAUUUGCUAUGGCUAUUUGUCAUAAUGUUACUCCAACAAAAAGUGUUGAUGGUAAAUUAUAUUAUCAAGCAUCAUCUCCUGAUGAAAUUGCAAUGGUUCAAUUUGUUGAGAAAAUUGGAAUAAUUUUAACUGAAAGAGAUACUGAAGAAAUGAUAUUAAAUACUUCUAAAGGUGAAAGAAAAAUAAAAAUAUUAAGUCUUAUUCCAUUUUCAAGUGAAAGAAAAAGAAUGGGUAUUAUAAUAGAAGAAAAUAAUAAAAAGGUAUUACUUAUGAAAGGUGCUGAAAGUGUAUUAAAAAGAAUGUUACCAAAUGAAUGGUGUGUUGAAAAAUCUACUGAACUUGCUCGUGAAGAUAUGAGAACAUUAGUUUUUGCAAUGAAAAUUAUUAAUGAUAAUGAAUAUUCUCAAUUUGAACAUGAAAUGAAUGAAGCUAAAAUGUCAUUAACUUAUCGUGAUGAAAAAGUAAAUAAUGCUUUUAAUCUUCUUGAGAAAAAUUUAAAUCUCAUUGGUGUUACUGGAGUAGAAGAUAGACUACAAGAUAAUGUUCCACAAACUAUUGAAAUCUUAAGAAGAGCUGAUAUUAAAAUAUGGAUGUUAACUGGUGAUAAAAUUGAAACAGCUAUUGGAAUAGGACAAACCUCAACAAUUAUUCCACGAGACACUGAAAUUAUUACUAUUACUGGUUCUAUUGAAGAAGUUGCUACUAUUAUUAAAACAACAAAUUCUAUUGAAAAAGCAAUUGUGAUUGAUGGAGAGGCAUUACAACAUUGUCUUGAUUGUUUCCCACGUUCAUUCUUUCUAUUUUGUGAUGUUUCAAAAGCUGUUAUUUGUGCUCGUUGUUCACCACAACAAAAAGCUGAAGUUGUUCUUGCAGCAAAAAAAUUAGGCAGAAACACUUGUGCUGUUGGUGAUGGUGGUAAUGAUGUUGGUAUGAUUAGAGAAGCUGAUGUUGGUAUUGGAGUUGAAGGAAAAGAAGGAAAACAAGCAGCAUUAGCAGCUGACUUUUCAACACAACAAUUUGGAUAUAUUCCAGAGUUAUUUUUAUGGCAUGGUAGAAAUGCAUAUAAACGAACUUCUUUAUUAUCUCAUAUUAUUAUUCAUAGAGGAAUUAUUAUGACAACAAUGCAAUUAUUAUAUUGUUCUAUAUUUAAUUUUGCACCAUUACCAUUAUAUAUUGGUUGGUAUAUGAUUUUCUUUACUACUAUGUUUAAUCAAUUACCUAUUAUUAUGUUUAUUACAGAUUUUGAUUUGUAUAGAUAUUCUACUCGUAAAUUCCCUGAAAUUUAUAAACAAUUAAGAGAAAAAAGUGAUUUAAGUAUUAAAGUAUUUUAUCAAUGGUUAACUACAUCAAUAUAUGAAGGUACAAUGAUCUUAAUUAUAUCUUUAUUAUUAACUCAUGAACAAAAAGAACUGGCAAAUCUUUCAUUUUUGGUUUUAAAUAUUAUUUAUCUUUUAGACUGUGCAAGUCAAGUUAAAACUUGGAAUUGGUAUUUAUUAUUUAGUUAU